AUGAAAAUCAACUUCACCUUCUUUGUCUUUCACUUUCUCUUUGGUCUCUUCUUGCCACCUCUUGUCUUCUCCCACACACAUGGAAACCCUGCAAGCGAGAUCGUCGACAUUAUAAACAAGAAUAGAACAGAUCAAAAGCUCCCUAACUUGAUUGACACACCUGGUUUAGGAUGCAUGGCCUUACAAUAUAUUGAAUUAUGCAAAGGAAACUGCACUGACAACAACGUCGUAAACUGCAAACCUCCCGAAGACGAUUUCACCGAAGUCUUUGCCCCAAAUUGCGGCGUAGAGUUACCAACUUUCGGUACCAUAACUGGCCACAUUGUUGGCUGUCAAAAAAACUACCUUGAACCAUCACUAGCAUUUUCUCGAAUCCUCGUUAAAGAUAAGAAAUCUGUGUCUCUUCUGAGAAACAAAACACAUUCUGAGGUUGGAGUAGGCCUUGUUGGAGCUCAUAAAGGACCUUUCUUUUGGUGUGUUUUGUUUGGUAAUGGAAAAGCUAACGCUACAUUUGUGCUUGAAAAUCGCGGUGCCGGGAUCAAACAGAAAAAAGGGUGUUAUAGUGGAAGCAAUACUCCAUGCAGUGAAGGGAAGAAACAUGAUGUUCCUCCAUUUUUUAACUUUUUGUUUAUGUUUUAUGUGUUUAUUCUUCUGUUUAAACUUUUGUGA